CUUCAAGUCUCCAUCUUCCUCCCAACCCUCAUCUUCACGGAGCCAUCGACCCAUGCAUAUCCUAUUUGCUCUCGUUCGGUUUACAACUUGGGUUUGCUUUCUUUCCCUAUAAAUAGGGGAUCUUCCUUACCCACUUUCAUCGCCUAACUCAACUACUCAACUCACUCACUCACACACGAACACAAACACAGUCACAAAGAGAGAAGAGAGAGAUGGAAAGAUCGAGUGCUCUAGCAAAUUUAGCAACGACGCUCCUCUUUUGCCUUGCCUUAUGUCCCUACACCACCCUAAUUAGCUCAGCCCAAACAUCGACCAACAUCGAGUUCAUAAGAACAUCAUGCGGUAAAACCACCUACCCAGACCUGUGCUACACCUCCCUCUCCGGCCACGCCAGCCUCAUCCAGAUGAGCCCUAAGCUCCUCGCCAGCGCCGCCCUCACCGUGACCCUCGACAAGGCACGCUCAACCUCGGCCAUGAUGGCGAGGCUGUCAAAGGCCCGGGGGAUGAAGCCGAGGGAGGUUGGGGCGAUGCAGGACUGCGUCGAAGAGCUGAGCGACCCGGUGGACGAGCUGAGGCGGUCCAUCGACGAGAUGGGCCAGAUGAAGAGGUCCUCCAACUUCGGGCUGAUCAUGAAUGACGUGCAGACGUGGGUGAGCGCUGCCCUCACCGAUGAGAACACGUGCUCUGACGGCUUUGCCGGGAGAAUGAUGAACGGCAAUGUGAAGACGGUUGUGAGGAAUGAGAUACUGACCAUCGCGCAUCUCACCAGUAAUGCUUUGGCCUUGAUCAAUCGUUACGCCUCGCUACAUGGCUAAUGCCUAGCGCUACAGAACCAUGACCGUAAUUGUUACUUGUCAAUCAUACCUAGCUAGAUACAUAGAGAAGGUAUAUAAUCGCUUGGGAUAUACAUUAUAUGAUUGUGAAACUCUAGGUGUUAUGUCGUUGAUCUAUAAGAUCUCGACGGAGCCGCCAGAUUAAAAGAGUUGAUGGCGGUGGUUAAGGUAGCGAUAAGAUGCGUGAAUGAGGUUAAGUUUGUUUCCUCCGGGUGCGCUGAAGUUAAUUUGUGCACAUAUAUGCAGACUUGUAUCUAGUGAUCGAAUUGAAUCUAAUGGAGCUAUUGUUUGCUGGA